AUGCACAUGGGUCGAUCUUUCGGCAUGGGCGCCGCCGUAGCCUGUGGUUUGAACUCAGUGCCGGGCUCCUGUGUCUGCCCAACAGCGAACUCCUCAUCUCUCACCCAGGCAUACUAUCCGCCACAGGCAGUGUGCACCGAAUUUUAUGUUCCAGUCACCUUCGAAGCCGAGAAUGUGAUCUUCAACUUCCCGAAGUGGGAUGAUGAUUAUGCAUUGGAAGAUUUCCUUGCUGUGGCGACCACAAGAGCAUCCGCCAACCUUGGAAGUAUCGCCGCAGGCACAAAGAAAGAAACAGUGACGAGAGAGAUAGCCGCUUCGUUUUGCACGCCCAAGAAUCUCAAUGGCAAAGAAAAGACUGUUAUACUCGCCACACACGGGAUCGGACAAGCCCGAAGCCACUGGAACUCUCCUUAUAAGCCUGCGGAGUACAACUUUGUACAACACGCGAUAGGACAGGGCUACUCAGUGUUCUUCUAUGAUCGACUCGGAACUGGAGACUCGGAGAAGGUCUCCGGAUAUGAGAAUCAACUGGGUACACAAGUCGGUCUACUCAAGGCACUGACCAGCAUUGUCAAGUCUGGCGACUACACACCCGGCGUCGGCAAGCCCGGAAAGCUGGUGGUGAUGGGCUUCUCAUUCGGCUCGUACGUCACGCAUGCCGCCAUUGGAUCCCAACCAGACAUCGCAGAUGCUGUCGUGCUCACAGCCAUCGGUCUUAACACAACUGGAGUCAAUGCCAACGGCCUUGUGCGAUCUUUUGUGCCUCGAAUUGCCUCACAGCAGAACCCUCUGCGCUUUGGUGAUCUAGACACUGGAUACCUAACAUGGGUCGACAAAUUCUCUCAGAUCAACACAUACUUCAAACGCCCAUUCUACGACGAGCCGACCACCGAUUUCGCCGAAGCUCAAAAGGAAGCCUUCUCCAUUGCCGAGUUCCUCACCAUCCUGAAUGGAAACGACAACAAGGGCAACCUGGACGCCUGUGGAUUCACGGGACCUGUCCUCACCAUCACCGGUCUCGACGAUUACAUUGUAUGUGACGGCUUCUGCCCGGGCGUGUACGACGAACCUGCCUCCACUUUCUACAAGAACGCGAAGCCGUUCGUUCCUUACUUGCAUCCUAAUGCCUCGCAUAAUUUCAACUUCCACAAAAACGCCACGGGUGCGUACACCGUCAUCACGGAUUUCUUGACGGCCAACCUGAAAUAG